AUGAGGCGGGCGCCGGGAGAGGCGAGCCCGGCCGGGGGAGCCACGCGCUCUGGUGGGGAAGAGCUGCCUGCAGACUGAAGCCGAGAGGAGGAAGCAGCGGAUCUCCAGGCGUCCCUGCAAACUCCCGUUCCCUCCCCGCGCCCCUCGCGGCCCCCAGCCCGUUGGCGGCGGGAAGGCGCAGGAUUCGGAGCUCAGAGGCCCGGGCCGCCGGCCGCCUCCCCUCCGUGGCUCAAGGGCGGAGGCGGAGGCGGGGACUGGGGUACCCCGCUCGCGCAGCCUGGAGCCCACGCUGGGCUCAGCCCGACCCUGCUUUGGCCGCUGCCCGCCGGGUCUCCAGCGCCGCCGGACCCUCACGCCGCCACCUUCUCUCCAGCCCAGCGCCGCUGCGGCCGCAGCCUCCUGCCGAGCAUCUUCCAGAUCCCUAUCCCUGAGAAUCAGUUCUGGGAUGUAACAGAGCAAGCGGACAUUAUUCUGGGACCAGCAAGCCUCGGUCACUGCAGCCACCACACUACGUGGCAGCCAGACCCGGUCCGUUUGGAAUGCCUGGGAUGGUGCCGCCGCAUGUUCCUCCUCAGAUGCUCAACAUUCCGCAGACCUCUCUGCAAGCAAAGCCCGUGGCCCCACAGGUGCCCAGCCCAGGGGGCGCCCCGGGCCAGGGUCCAUACCCGUACAGCCUCUCUGAGCCAGCAUCUCUCACUUUGGACACGAGCGGGAAGAAUCUGACGGAGCAGAACAGCUACAGCAACAUUCCUCACGAAGGGAAGCACACGCCGCUGUAUGAGCGGUCCUCGCCCAUCAACCCGGCCCAGAGCGGCAGCCCCAACCACGUGGAUUCCGCCUACUUCCCUGGCUCUUCUACAUCGUCAUCUUCCGACAACGACGAGGGCAGCGGAGGGGCGACAAAAAGCUCGAAGGCUGGCACUGCAGCUCUCUGAGGAGGUGGCCCCACAGCCAAGGCAGCCCUCACAGUGGACCGGGCAGGAGACACUGGGACCCUCAGCUUGCUCAUGAUAUACAAUCUCUUGGGGAUUCCGUGCCACUGACCACCAUGUACAAGGAAGGGAUUCACAGGCAAGGGGGACAGGUGAGGGCAGCCCCCACUUCACUCAAGGAACAGGGCAAGGGGGCCCAGUACAGAGAACAGAAAUCUCUUACGACAGCAUCGUGCCCUGGCAGAAGAUUCUGCAUAAUCACCUAGAAAAUUCAAUUCUAACUGAAUUGAUGGAAUAAUAGAUUUGAACCAAAAUAAUUUACCCAGUUCUAAUAAGUACAGAAACUAUACAAUUCACAGCUGGGCAGUCCCAAGCAGUCUGCUUUCCAGUGGGAGGUGGAGGAGGCUGGGGCCUUCCCCUCCCACCAAGGGCUGUGUUGUGCCCGCUGGGGACGAGUCCCACUGAAAUCUCCAGGAGAAGAAUGACCCCGCCCUCCGCAGAGCAGGCUUAGGGCUGGACGGGAGAGCGGUUUGCGUGCCAGGGGUGAGCAGAGCCACAGGUCUCCAUGGAAAUCAUGGAGAAGGGAGGGAAGUGGGCAGGAGAGAGGGCAGCCUCUCCAGCUGGAGGAGCUGCGCUUGUCUCCACAGGGUGGGCGGGCAGCCAGAGUUUCUAUGCCCAACACACACCUUAUCCUCACUCACAGCAGCCCACUGGCACCGAGGGCAUGUCUGCUCACCUAACAUUUUCUGGCGGAUUUCUCAUGGCCCAGCGCAACAGCUGACAUUCCCUACUGAGCAAGCAGCUCCGCCAGUGUGCCCUGCCCCAGCGUCCCGCCGUCUCUCAGCCCCUGGAUGAGCCCAGGGAACCGGCACUCUACUGAGGACAAAGCAGGGCUCACCUAGCAUUGGAAGCUCUUCAAUACUUAAGGUAGCUAAUUCAAUGUUUGUAAAAGGCAUUUACAACAGAAAACCAAAGAUUGAACUUCAGCUUCAGAUUUGUAAACCAUUCACAUCUCUGCAACUUAAAACAGUAAAUAAAGAUUAUCAAUGCACAAGCCAAUUGCAAAUGAAACCUUUUCCGAUAAUUUUUUUUAACAUAUCUUUUCA